AUGGCUCCACUAUCUUUCUGUAGCCUUCUGCUUCUGAUCAGCGCUGUUUCCAGCUUUGCCAGAGCUGAUGCUGUCCCCUUCGAGAGGCUUAGUCAGAAUGACUCGGUUCUCUUGAUCGUCGACCACCAAGUUGGGCUGUUCAACUUGGCCCGAGACUUCGAUGGCCAACUUUUCUACAGAAACGUGAUUGCUCAUGCAGCCCUCGGGAAGCUUUACGACCUACCGGUCAUUAUUACCACAUCUCAGGAAGAAGGUCCCAAUGGUCCUCUUCCAAAGGAGAUCCUUGACAUGUACCCGGACGUCCCUGUCAUCAAGCGUCCCGGUGAGAUCAAUGCGUGGGACAAUGCCGAAUUCAGGGAUGCCGUCAAGGCAACUGGUCGUAACCAGAUGAUCGUUGCCGGUAUUGUGACCGAUGUUUGCGUUACUUUCCUGUCUCUGUCUCUCCGUGAAGAAGGUUAUAGCGUCUGGGCUAAUGUCGAAGCAUCUGGCACUACCUCAGAGCUUAUCCGCGAUGUAUCCAACUCUCGCAUGCAGGCAGCGGGUGUGCACCUAGCAGGUCUGUUCAGCAUCGCAGCUGAUCUUUUCAAAGAUUGGCGCGGUCCUCCGGGUAUUGCGAAGAUGUCGGAUUGGUAUACUCAGUAUGCGCCGGCGUACCUUCUGAAUGCGCAGCUUUUCAAUGCAGCCAUUGGGACUGCUGUGGGAGACGGCACCCGUUAA